AUGGCAACAGCAAACAGCAGAGCAAAAUGUUCUAUUUGUAACAAAGUAAAUGCAACGUGUCUUUGUUCAGGAUGUUCAAAAGAUUUUUGUUUUCAACAUUUAACAGAACAUCGACAAAUUCUUCACAGACAAUUAGAUGGAAUUAUUAAUGAUCAUGAUCAAUUUCAACAAACAAUUAUUCAACAAAAACAAAAUCUACUAAAUUCUUCUUUAAUUCAACAAAUUAAUCAAUGGGAAAUAAAUUCAAUUGAAAUAAUUCAAAAAAUAGCAGAAGAAUGUCGAGAAACAGUGAUGAAAUUAACACGAAAAUCCAUCAAUGAUAUGGAGAAAAAGUUUAUUGAAUUAUCUAAGAAAUUAAAAGAAAUUCGUGAAGAAAAUGAAUUUAAUGAAAUUGAUUUAAAUCAUUUUCAAUUAAAAUUAACACAGAUUACAGAAGAACUUCUUCCACCAUCAAAUAUUUCUAUUCGACAAGAUUCACAAGAAUUUAUCAAGAAAAUUUCAGUUAUUUCAUCAUUUGAUGAACCACCAACAACUAAAGGACCAUCGAACGAUUCAUGGAAAUCAAAAUCAAGACCUGAUCAACCAAAUCGAGAUGAAAAACGAGGUCCAUCAUCAGAACAAAAUUCUGAAACAUCAAGCACUUGGCGUACUGUAGAAAGAAAAUAUUCUAAUCCUACACGAACUGAUAAUGAACGUCCAUCACAACAACAUUCAGGUGAAUCAUCAUCAAAUGGAGCUUGGCGACCAAAACCACGUCCAGCUGAUGAAUUACAAGAAAAUAUUCGUACCGGUCCAGCUCCAUCAAAAAGCCGGGGACGUGCCGAUGCUGAUAGUAAUUGGCGUUCAAGAGAAAAAAAAAGUUUGAACAGAUGGCGUGCCAAUGACAGCGAAGACGAAAAUGAACGUCCUUCACCGGAUAAUACACGUCUUAUUAGUGGUAGUGGUAACCGGGAAUAA